GUUUGCGGAAAUAGCAGAGACGGACGCUAAGGUGCACAAAUCACUAGAAAUUCAUUCUGUGACUUUGUUUUCUAACUACUUUUACGACAUAAUUUCGACGACUCAAGAAAUUUAGUUGUUUUCUGGUUCAUUGGACGCCGUAUUACGUCGGAUUUUUAUGUGAACAACAGAGUGUUCUCAUCUGGCAUUGUUGGGACAUACGAUUUAUUCUCUCCCACGAUUUCAGUUUGAGAUCAAAACCUCUUGACUUUUCCUGAGGGUACAGAUCACAGAAAAAGUUUAUUUACUAAAGACGAUCACUUUUUGUGGUGGAUUUGUUCAAAAUGGAGAUGUAUUGGGUUAUCAAAGCUUCCUUAGAACUCAUUUUUGUGAUGGCGAGUAUGGUUGUGAUGUCUUCCGCAAAUUGCCCAGAUCCUGGCUUUCCUGCUCAUGGCAAUAGAACUGUAUCUCCUGUGGAUGACGGAACCAUCAUUAGUUUCUCAUGUGAUCCUAACUAUACUCUCAGGGGAGCCAAAAAGAUCAUAUGCAUUAAAGGACGUUGGAAUGGGAAAAAACCAAUAUGCAAGGCAUCAGGUUGUCCCCUACCACCACCCCCUUUUCCCAAUGCACAUCAGAAAAGUCAGUUGCCGCAAAACACUAUAGGGAGUUAUGCAGAAUAUGAAUGUGAUAAAGGCUAUACUUCUGAAGGAAGACCAACAAAGAUCCUGUGCGAUAAGGACCAUGAUUCGCAAGGGUAUUCCUGGAAUGGUAACAUCACUUGUGAAAAAAUAAGAUGUGGUCCUCCUCCAAAGAUAGCCCACAGCAACGUUACCACUAGCCACAAUUCAGAUGGCACCAUUACAUAUGCAACAUACCAUUGUUUUUCUGGCUAUGCAAUUCUGGACUUUAGAGAUAAGCUACAACCUUCGUUUGUAAUGUCAUGUGAUGAAGGACAACUUUGGGGAAAGAUUAAAACCCCUAAAUGUGUGAAAACCUGCCGCACAUCAGAUGUAAAAAUUGACCAUGGUAUCCUUAGUGAACCCCGCUAUACUACUAAAGACGAACAAAAAAUUUUCACAGAAAAUGAGACUGCAACAUUUUCUUGUGAAAGUCAUUACAAGCUCGAAGGAAAUAGUGAGCUGAAAUGUAUGGAAUCUGGACUCUGGUCUGAUAAGGCUCCACGCUGUGUGAUAAACAUCUGUACAAGUCCAGGAGAUAUAGAACAUGGCAGGGUCACUUUUGAUAACCAUAAAGCCGAUCAGACAACCUCUCCUAUUGGGACCGUUGCCAGGUUCCGCUGCAACGUUGGGUUCAAACUAGUUGGUAAUAGUACACGGCAGUGUCAACCGGGUGGCCACUGGAGUGGACAGCGUACCCCAAUCUGUCAAAAAUCUAUGCUGAAAUGCGAGCAACAGAAUCUUAUCGACGGUGAAUAUCAACCCAAAAAAGCGAACUAUUUCCUUCAUGAUAAAAUAACACCGCAUUGCAAACCUGACUACUAUCUAUGGGGGCCGCCGAGUUUGACCUGCUCGGACUUCGCUGACUCCGCUGUUUGGCUUUAUCCAGGCUGUAAUAACAAAGAUGUACCUACGGAGUUAUUUAAUUGUAACGAGACCCCGGAGCCAGAGUGUGUAACUUCGACAGAAUUCGAUAAGAAGUGCGAAAACGUGGGCGGCCGUGCAACGCUUAUAUCGAAGAAAGGCAGGGAUUCUAUGAUCUGUGAGAAGUUACCAGAGGAGCCUGAUGUGCCCGACGAUUCUCAAAAGCCAAAUAGGGAACUGGAUAAGAUGACAAUUGUUAUCGCAAGUACAGGCUCAACCUUGGGUGCUUUGGUAGUUUUAUUGGCAGCCCUAUAUUGCUUUCGGCAACGAAUCCGGCGAUUGCGGCGCCCUUCGUACAGGAGCCGACGAUACAGCGACGAUGAUAGGAUUGCGUUCAUUGCGUACGCAGGAGACGUUCAUUUUAUUUUGCCAUCGUAUGAUGAGGCUAUGAGUCAAGUGGAGCGCUCCCCGCCUCCGUUUGAAUCAGUUGUAGGAGGCGCUCAAGGAAGUGCCAAUCGAUCUACAACAGACAGAAAUGGUAAUCAGAGUACCAACCAGUCUGGUAAUACAGGGUUAAAUCAUACGGCUACAAGUACAAACCCUGCAACCGAAGGCGAUGACUUAAGAACUGCUCAAGAAUUAGCACAAGGACAGUCGAUCCGUGUCGUUAGUAACCCAUUAGCGGAAAACGUGCGUGAUACGAUUUGUAGUUCAACAACACAAAACGUCGAUCACGUAUCCAGUAGCGAAAGCACAAGAAGAAUUGGUUUCUCCGAUGAACGUGCAUGUGUUAACGCUCCUGGUGAAGAGCCUUCGCCGAAUCGUCCGUCCGAAGAUAUCCCGAGCUGCUCCUCGGAAGAAGAUCUCACAUCCAAUCAAACGCAGCCGUUGCUCCCGAGCAGCCGGAGUGGCGUUAUGGCGUGAUGAAUAUCUGGGAUUUGAUGUAACGGAACUUAAAUGUGUUGAAGGCUGUAUUCAGUGUCGGCUGCUGUUAAAUUGUCGAUUCCAACAAAUGAUCAGUCGAUAGAAAGAGAAAGGGAAAAAGAGAGAAAAAAGAGGAUCAAAUGCCAAAUCUUCGUGGCAGGGUUCAUCUGAUUGGAGCAACAGCGUUAAAAUUAUGGAAACUUAAGGGCAAUUUCUGCUCUUGAAAUAGGACGUGAUGCUUGAUUUUUGUUUGUUUGAUUGUUUAUUUUUGCAAUUUCUCAUCUUUAUUUUUAUAUUCAUUGUUAUUUCUAUUCACUGUAUUUGUUCCUUAGAAGUGCAGGGAAUUGAAAUGAACGCCGUUUUAACCAAAGGAAAGAGACAGGCCCCAACACGUUCUAUUUCCCUGUCUCUUCUCUUUCUCUCUCGUUAUGUCCCCUAACUUUUGAUUGUUGCAGCCACGCCUGAAUACAAUAUUAACAAAGGAAAGCUAAAUUACAUAAUUACUAUCUCAUAAAAUAAGUUAUUUUUUCGAUGAAACGAUUACUGUUUUGCCUCAACUUAUAUUUUGAGUCCUCAACGGAUGUAGCUACAUGUAUAUUUUGAACAGAUAUUUUGUGUCCAUGUCUUGUGAUUGUUCUCUUUUGCCUGUAAAGCAAACUUAAGGAAUCAUUCAACUACCUUUUACCAAAUAUCGAUCGUUCUCACGCCAUAUUUUCAAGUAUAUUAAUAGGGAUAACUGGUUAGAAAAGCCGGAAAACAUUGAAGGCGAUAAAAAGAUCCAGUGAACCAUUUUUCAUCUUUUUUUUUUUUUCUUUUCGGAAUGAAUUUAUGGAAGUGUGUCUUCCUUUUAGCUUAACACAAUUGAUAUAUUCGAAUGCGUCCAGCUCAGUCAUGUGCAAGAAACCAAGCAAAAACAUACAGCAAAGAAAUUUUGGACUCAUUUUGAGGGUUUCCUAAGCAGUUACUUUUGUUCAUUAUGGUUCAAACGAAGAACAAAUAGUUUCCAAUCAUCGCACACCGUGAACUAAAGCAAGCAAUUUAUUUGCUGCCUUUCAAUGUCUGAACAUUUUCGUAAAGUGAGUAAUA